ACUCCGUACAGCAAAUGGAUCAUCCACUGAUCAAUGGCUUCAGGGCAGGUAGGCGCUCGGGUACCUUGCCUAGGCCUGCUAGCCAGGGGUGACCCCUGUUCUGUCGCAUCUAAUUUCCCCUUGCCCUGGAUCCUCCGACUCUCCUGGCGCGACAACAAAACACUCGCCGCCUGCUCCAUGGCGCCGUUUGGUCGGACCAGAUCUCUUUUUCGCAUCUUUCUUUUGAUUUUGUAGCUAAUUCAUCAUUUUUGAGGGUGGCCGCCUCGUACAGUUGGCCUUUCAGACACUCUUUAGAAACAACAAUCAUUUCGGUGCUUCACCAACCACAUCAACUUUUACCAUUCUAACCACUCCCUUGUUGCUCUUCAGCACUUCCAAUCGUUAGAAACAACGCAAAUAUCGCAUUUCAAAACCAUCAAGAAUCGUCAAAAUGAGCUUGUCUAAGCUCUCCGUCUCUAUGCUCGCCCUGGCUGGCAGCGCCCUCUCUGCUGAUCUGCCGUCCAUUACCGCCAAGGGCUCCAAGUUCUUCUACCCCAACGGCACCCAGUUCUUCAUCAAGGGUGUUGCGUACCAGCAGGAUGUCGGCCAGGCCGGAACCACCACCUCUGGCAACUCGACCUUCAUCGACCCUCUCUCCAGCGAGGCCAACUGCAAGCGUGACAUUCCUCUGCUCCAGCAGCUGGGCACCAACGUGAUCCGUACCUACGCCAUUGACGCCACGGCCGAUCACUCCGCCUGCAUGAAGCUCCUCAACGAUGCCGGCAUCUACGUCUUCUCCGACCUGGGAGAGCCUUCCCUGUCCAUCAACCGUGACACCCCCAGCUGGAACACCGACCUCUUCGCCCGCUACAAGGCCGUCGUCGACGAGAUGUCCCAGUACUCCAACGUGAUUGGCUACUUUGCCGGUAACGAGGUCUCCAACGCCAAGAACAACACCGGCGCCUCUGCCUACGUCAAGGCCGCCGUCCGCGACACCAAGGCCUACAUCAAGUCCAAGAACUACCGCUGGCAAGGUGUUGGCUACGCCGCCAACGACGACGUCGACAUCCGUGCCGAGAUUGCCGACUACUUCAACUGCGGCGAGCAGGACUCCGCCAUCGACUUCUGGGGCUACAACAUCUACUCUUGGUGUGGCCAGAGCUCCAUGCAAAAGUCCGGAUACGACGAGCAGACCACCUUCUUCUCCAACUACUCCGUUCCCGUCUUCUUCGCCGAGUACGGCUGCAACUUGCCCGACGGUGCUGCCAACCGUAUCUUCCAGGAGACUGCUGCCCUGUACUCUGACACCAUGACUGAGGUUUUCAGCGGUGGUAUCGUCUACAUGUUCUUCGAGGAGGCCAACGACUACGGUCUCGUCUCCGUCAAGAACAACCAGGUUACCAAGCUCAAGGACUUCAGCGCUCUCCAGUCUCAGGUUACCAAGGCCGACCCCAAGGGUGUUGACUCCAGCGACUACAAGCCCACCAACAAGCCCGCCAGCUGCCCUGCUCUGACCGAUGACUGGCAGGCCAUCAACGACCUCCCCCCCACCCCUGACUCCGGCCUUUGCACCUGCAUGCAGACCUCCCUGUCUUGCGUCCGCGCCGACAACCUCUCCUCUGACGACUACGGUGACAUCUUUGGCUUCAUCUGCGGCAAGUCCCCUGCCGUCUGCGCCGGUAUCAACGGUGAUGCUUCCACUGGUGUCUACGGUGCCUACAGCAUGUGCGAUGACGGUGCCAAGCUUGACUACGUCCUCGACGCCUACUACAACUCCCAGCAGAAGUCCUCCAGCGCCUGUGACUUUAACGGCCAGGCCCAGGUUGUCAGCGCCAAGGCUGCUUCUUCUUGCUCUGCCGCUCUCGCCUCUGCCAGCUCCAUCAACAAGGCUGCUGCCACCGCCACCUCCCCCGUCGGCUCCGGUUCCACCUCUACUGGCGACAAGAGCGCUGCUACCAGCAAGAGCGCCGCUGUUGCCGGCCGCCCCAGUGCCUCUCUCCUGAGCAUUGGUGAGCUGUCCGUCGCCCUGUACAUGGGUGUCGCCAUGCUUGCCGGCGGUGCCAUGAUUGCCCUGUAAAUUUAAAAAAGGAGGCUUUGGAUUUUUUUUACAGUGGGAUUGUGUAUGUAGAUUUGGAGGUUUAUAGGAAAGUGAAAUAAUUAUCGUCGUUUUUUUCAUGUAUCUUUGGAUCCAGGAUUUGUAUGGCCUCUUUUCUUGGGGGACUCAAACUUUUUUGUUUUUGAUAUACAAGGCAUCAUUGGUGUUGCGUGUUCCGCAACUUUUUGUUUUUUUGGCUAUUAGAACGGUAGCAGUAUUGACUUUUACGAUUCUACAAUACUUUGAAAAUUUCUUCUUUUUAAAUACCUUUUUUACCUUUUCGCUUCUG